AUGAAACUGGAGCUACUCGUUCUGUUCUUGGCCACCGCCAGUGCCGGCCGGCAUAGGAAUCGUACGUCCUUGGUUCCAGACAAUAUUAUCGUCAACGGAUACAAUGCCUACGAGGGAAAGGCCCCCUACGCGGUGGGUCUCCGCUUGAAUAAUGGAGCCGUAGGAGGUGGCUCCGUUAUCGGCAACACCUGGGUCCUGACUGCCGCCCACUGUCUGACGACUGAUUCCGUGGAGAUCAACUACGGCUCCAACCGGGCCUGGAACGGGCAAUUGAAAGUCAAUGUGAACAAGGACAACUUCUUCCGGCACCCGGGUUAUCCCAACACCGCUGGCCACGACAUCGGACUGAUCCGCACCCCACACGUGAACUUCAACGACCGGAUCAACAAGGUGGUUCUGCCAAAGUUCAGCCAGAAGGGCGAGCGCUUCGAGAACUGGUGGUGCGUCGCCUGCGGCUGGGGAGGAAUGUCCAACGGCCAGUUGGCCAACUGGCUGCAGUGCAUGGACGUCCAGGUGAUCAGCAACACCGAGUGUGCCAGGUCCUAUGGCAGUGUGGCCAACACGGACAUGUGUACCCGCCAAUCGGACGGGAAAUCUGUCUGCGGCGGAGACUCCGGCGGAGCCUUGGUCACCCACGACAAUCCAAUGCAGAUCGGAGUGAUUACUUUUGCUUCUACGGGCUGCAAGAGCGGACCUUCGGGAUACACCAGAGUCACGGAUCACUUGGACUGGAUACGGGAGAAGUCAGGCAUUGCCUACUAUUAACACGGUUAAAAGGGACAUGAGCAAACGACUUCCGAAACUAUAAUUAUUCUUUUUUUUUAUAACCAUAUGCACACGUAAUAUAUUCCCAAAAUGAGCUUCAAAA